AUGGACCGGAUUCGUAGCCUGCAGAACCAGUUGAAAAAGUCGAAGCGACCGACAAACAUCGACGAAG